AUGUUCGCCUGGGUCAAGAAGCGACUUCUGGCGCGUGGUGGCGGCUAUCUUGAAGCCAGGGCCGGUCGCGCGCUUCUGCAGUGUCGCGGCAGCUUUGUCGUCACCGGACAAAAGGGGAGUUCUACAGUCGCCGGCGAGAUUCAAGUUCAGGUCACCGUUAUCGUGGUGGUUGAAGCCAACGUCGUAUUCAUCAGUGUCGUUGCCGAAGCCUUACAUGUUGCGAACUAUGACGCGAGAGACCAGCGAGGUGACUCUGCCAAGCGUCUUGCAGGUCGAUGGAAUUGUGCGUUUCUCGAGCGUCGCGAGCGCAUAUCCCGCCUCGUGUAUAGUGCACCCGUCGAUUUUGGGAAUGGUGCCAACGGGGCUGGCAUCUUUGUUAUGGCCACAGGGGCAUCAGAAACUAGGCCACUGCUAGCUAGCCGGGCGCACAGAGAGCUAGAGAGCUAG